AUGGAUGAAGGAUCCCCAACUGAAUCUGAUAGUGACAUCAUAUCCUCAGACACUAGUUGUGACCCUCGAGAUAGUCCCUCAAACUCUGCCAAGGAUUUGCAAGAUAAUGCCUCGAACUCUAAUUCAGAUUUACCAGAUAUUUGGGGCAGUGACAACGAAAGCCAUAAUGACGAUGAUGUCGACAGAGAUUUGCCAUCCACAAGCACUGGGAGGGUCACAGGGUCAGGAUGUGGGAAAAGGCAUAUUGCAAUAAAGCAGGAUACCUCACUGCCAUCAGUGGGGAAAGAUAGUGCAGUGGAUUAUGAGUCUGACCUUCAAGCAGAGGAACAACUUAGUGGCAUUGGAGAGAAAAAUUCAGAACUGGAUGGUGAUUAUAAAUCUGAAGGACAACCUCGUAAUCAAAGACAUCAUAAUGAACCAAGACAUAUGAGUGGAGACGUUAGUCACGCUAGUGACGGCAAAGGCAACGGAAUGACUCUGGGAGACCUUUGGAAGGAAUCUCAGUCGUAUAGUCAAGUGGACGCUAGCGCUGUAGAAUACAAGUUUGAGGGUAGGCCUUGGGACUUACAUCUAGCAGACUUCAGCAACCCAGAUAUUUUUUUUCAAUCUCAGGAGUCGCCGUUGCCUCAGGAUUCACCAUCAGCUGUUCACAUUUCAUCAGGUAUUGUCAGAUCCAGCGACUGUGAAGGCAAUGAUGCUCCAUCUGCAAGUGGCACAUACCUUCGUCAUCCAGGCUGUGGGUUGGAUGGUAGCUGCAAAGAUGAAAUCAACUUGGCCAUGACAAAAAGCCGUAGAAAACCUCACUGCAGUGAUGAUAAUUCAUCGACUAAUGAAGGAGACCUGACAUCCUGGGACAAUGUACAGAAGAAGCCAGACUUUGAUAAACAGUCUGAUGCCAGAAGAAAGCUGAAGGUGAAACGUAAAAAGAAAUGUAGGGACAGGCGAGGUCAGAAGAAGAAGCAGAAAGUUGCAAAGAGUGGUAAAUGUUACUCUUUGGGUGAUGUUGGUUCAUUACAGGAUCCUGAAUCCAACCAAGUUUCAACGAAUGAGGUUUGCUUGCAGCAAGGACGGGGUCCAGAGCAAUCUGAAAAAAUGGACAGGUUGCCUCCUAAAAUUCCUGCACGCCCGUUGAAUGAAGGUUCAGGCGAAGAGCCUAUUGAUACUGUCAGCGAUGAAGACACUCAUAAAAUAAGAAGAUGUCUCGUCAGCACAAAAGCUUCAGCGGUGUCCGAGAAUGAGACAGACUCGGAUGAAACUAUGAUUGACAGUAAUGAUGGAGAUGAUCACGGGCACACUGAAAAUAUGACAGGCGAUGAAGUGGGUGAGGUAGUCCUUAAAGAAACAACUGAGAAUUUUGAUACACAGCCUUCCUCACCUAUUCUUCAUGAAGAAAGUGAUGAUUCUUUAAGUGAUGCAAGCGAAGAGUUCCCUACCUCUGACACGAUCGUUCCAAGAGAUUUCCCACCACACUUGUUGGAGGAUAAGGAACAUAAUGAUAGAGAAGCUGCUGACCUAGAACCUAACUAUCACGUAAGCUGUCAAAGCCCUGAUGAAGAAAUCCACCAACCUCAAAGGGAUGAUGCAGGUUUAGAAACUUCUUCAAAUAAUGGUGUCAAUCCGCCACGUUUGCAAAUAGAGGAUGACUCUCAUAGACAGUAUUUCCCCACAGAUUCUCAGUUGAGUAUCAAGAUGGAGAAUGAGGAUACUGAAGAUCUGACCACUCAGCAGCUACAGCAAAAGCCUCUAGAGGAUGACUCUCAAGGACAGUAUUUCCCCAAAGAUUCUCAAUUAAGUAUCAAGAUGGAGAAUGAAGACACUAAAGAACAAGUUAAUCAACAUGAGAAAGGAACAGUAUCCCAUGGUAAAGAGGCACAAGCAGCUAUGUCCAUUCCUUCCAAAGGAGUUUCAAAGGACGUUGAUAAGGACUCUGGAAAGAAACUUCUUUCUUGCCAACGAAAUGCAUGGUGUCCCUUAGAGUUGGAUCCCCAAGAAAGAUUCUUGUUGCUACAAGAGGAGCAAUUAGCAAUGUCCAUUCCUUCCAAAGCUCACUUAUCCGGAGGAAUUUCCGAGGACCUCGAUAAGAACUCUGGAAAGAAAUUUCUUCCAUGUCUACGAAAUGCAUGGUCUCCAUCAAGGUUGCACCCACAAGAAAGAUUGUUGUUGCUACAAGAGGGAGAAUCAGAACCUGUGUAUUCUUUCUCGCUAGAAUCUCUAGCUGUGCCUUUUUCUCGGUGUGUGGCCCCAAGCAUAUCUACAGCAGCACCUGACAAAUUGGUUGCAAGUAGAAAUGAACAACACAUCCAGAGACCCUCAAGACCUGAUAAAUUACCGUCAACUACAAAACAAAAUGAUCGUCAAAAGGAGAAGAAUGAUACCAAGAGGACCGACUCUCUACAGGACAUUCCUGACACUUCAUCUAAUACACUCAGCUUAAGUUCCAAGGAACCUUCAGAAAGCCCUUCUACAUCCAUGAUCCGUUCCGUGCAGGAUUGCCUCCAGCAACCUGCAUCUUUGAACUCAAAUGAGAUGGGUUUGGAGGAUAGACUACCUGCAGAUUCAAGAAGUUUGUCACAUGGUCAUUCAUCAAUUCCAAGUGUUUCCUUUCCUUCAACAAGUUUGUACUCCAGUAACAUCUCUGAAUCCUCAAGGACUCUUAACGGUGGUCAUUCUGCCUCUUCAGGCACCUCUGAAACACCCAGUACCAAACCAGACAGGUUAAAACCUACUGGAGAUGAUAGAUCUGCUUGUCCAAGUGACCCUCCAGACCCAUCAUUGGUGGCAUCGGACAUGAGCAAACCUCUAAAGAAGAGACGCCACUCGCAGACAUCAAGUGUUCCGUCAGGAAACCAAGGGACAGAACCUUCCAAGGUUAAUCAGGUAAGUCCCUCUCUUCAUCUGCAACUACUGGAGCCUUUCUCUCGGUGUGUGGCCCCAAGCAUAUCUACAGCAGCACCUGACAAAUUGGUUGCAAGUAGAAAUGAACAACACAUCCAGAGACCCUCAAGACCUGAUAAAUUACCGUCAACUACAAAACAAAAUGAUCGUCAAAAGGAGAAGAAUCCCACCCUGAGGACCAACUAUGUACAGGACGUUCCUUGCACUCCAUCUAAUCCACCUAGUUUAAGUUCAAAGGAACCUUCAGAAACCUCUUUUGUUUCCGUGAUCCAUUCCGAGCAGGAUUGCCUUCAACAACCUGCAUCAUCAAACUCAAAUGAGAUGGAUUUGGAGGAUAUACUACUUGCAGAUUCAAGAAGUUUGUCACAUGGUCAUUCAUCAAUUCUAGGCGAGUCCUUCCCUUCAACAAGUUCGUACUCUGCAAACAUCUCUGAGACCAUUGGUGGUCAAGCUGCCUGUUCAGGCACCUCAUCGACACCCAAUACUAAACAAGACAGGGCAAAACCUACCGAAGAAGAUAGAUCUACUUGUCCAGGUGACCCUCCAAACCCGUCAUUGGUGCCAUCGGACAUUAGGAAACCUCCAGAAAAGAGACGCCAUUCGCAGACAUCAAGCCAUCCGGCAGAUGCUGUGAUGCCUGCAGGGGCCAUCUUGUUACCUCCAGUAGUGGACACGGGUAGCAGAUCAUCUCAGGAACUUAACAGCAAAGGUAACGCCCCUAUGAUCGUAGGAGAACAGCAUGUGCCUAAUGCUCUAAGAGAUAUCUCUCAGAGUCAAUCUUUUCAAGCCACCCAGGCUUCGUGCGAUGGGGUGGAGAAGAUCAGAUCUUCUGGCAAUGAUGGAGUAGAUAACGGGUGCAAGAAGCGAGUACGCUUAGACACAGGGACAGAGGAUCAUGGAAAAGCAGCAAAGGUCACAAGGUCAUGCGACUCUAUCCACGGUGAGUCCUCUAGCGGGAAGUCAUUUGGUGGAAGUAGCCAUUUCCCCCCAUCAUCCAGAGACCCUGCUCAACCUCGAAGCAUACUAAAGAAACCUGACAGAAACGUAGCAUCAACGAGUCAUGAAGAGGAUAUAGGUGUUGUUGGUCACCAGGUGCAUCGCAACCUAAGGAGCCACAGUCGAUCAAUAACAGCCCAGGGCAUAACUGCCAGCAGCAGUAGCACCUGUAGUCCUCAAAGACAGAGGAGGAAAAGUUCGCGUCUUGAUGCUAGCCUUGACACAGAGGAUGGGAAAAGUUUACAAGUAAGUGUUACAGGAACGGGGAACGAUGUGAGAUUUUCCAGGCAGCAGAAGGGUAAAAAUAAAGCAGGUCAGCAGCGAAAACACCCGAGUUCAAGGACUGACAGCAUUAAGCAUGGUCGGAGAGAAAGGAGACAAUUUGGUGAAGCCACUAGAUCUGGAACUUCUCAAACUCGGAAGGGUUCUAAAGGAAAUGAAACUGGACAAAAUCAGAGCCUUGACCGUCAGAAGCGGCAAAGCAGGUCAGAUCAACGACCUCAGCGUCAAAGCCGUCAACAAAAAGUGAGUUCAGAGAAGCAGGAGCAUGUAAGGAGUGAAAAGAGAUCAUCUGGUGAAGUCACUGGUGCACGAACUUCUCAACGUCGGAAGGGUUCUAAUGGACAUGUAACGGGACAAAAUCAGAGCCUUGACCAUCAGAAGCAGCAAAGCAGGUCAGAUCAACGACCUCAGCGUAAGAGCCGUCAACAAAAAGUGAGUCCAGAGAAGCAGGAGCAUGUAAGGAGUGAAAAGAGAUCAUCUGGUGAAGUAACUGGUGCACGAACUUCUCAACGUCGGAAGGGUUCUAAUGGAAAUGUAACGGGACAAAAUCAGAGCCUUGACCAUCAGAAGCGGCAAAGCAGGUCAGAUCAACGACCUCAGCGUAAGAGCCGUCAACAAAAAUUGAGUCCAGAGAGACAGGAGCAUGAUAACAGUGAAAGAAGACCAACUAGUGAAGUCACUGGUGCAGGAACUUCUCAACGGUGUACCGGUUCUAAUGGAAAUGAAACGGGACAAAAUCAGAGCCUUGACCAUCAGCAACGGCAAAACAGGUCAGAUCAACGACCUCAGCGUAAGAGCCGUCAACAAAAAGUGAGUCCAGAGAGACAGAAGCACGAUAACAGUGAAAGAAGACUAACUAGUGAAGUCACUGGUGCAGGAACUUCUCAACGUCGUAACGGUUCUAAAGGAAAUGAAACGGGACAAAAUCAGAGCCUUGACCAUCAGCAACGGCAAAGCAGGUCAGAUCAACGACCUCAGCGUAAGAGCCGCCAACAAAAAGUGAGUCCAGAGAGACAGGUGCAUGAUAACAGUGAAAGAAGACCAACUAGUGAAGUCACUGGUGCAGGAACUUCUCAACGGUGUACCGGUUCUAAUGGAAAUGAAACGGGACAAAAUCAGAGCCUUGACCAUCAGCAACGGCAAAGCAGGUCAGAUCAACGACCUCAGCGUAAGAGCCGUCAACAAAAAGUGAGUCCAGAGAGACAGAAGCACGAUAACAGUGAAAGAAGACUAACUAGUGAAGUCACUAUUAGAACUUCUCAACGUCGUAACGGUUCUAAAGGAAAUGAAACGGGACAAAAUCAGAGCCUUGACCAUCAGCAACGGCAAAGCAGGUCAGAUCAACGACCUCAGCGUAAGAGCUGUCAACAAAAAGUGAGUCCAGAGAGACAGGAGCAUGAUAACAAUGAAAGAAGACCAACUAGCGAAGUCACUGGUGCAGGAACUUCUCAACGUUGUACCGGUUCUAAUGGAAAUGAAACGGGACAAAAUCAGAGCCCUGACCAUCACCAGCAGCAAGGCGGAUCAGAUCAGCGACUUCGGCGUCGAAGCCUUCAUAAACAAGACCAGCAGCAAAGUGGGUCCGAUCAACUACCUUCGCGCGAGUCCAGCUUGCUCAAAAGCUGCUCCAUAACAUAA